AUGGCCUCCAAGACGCUUCAACCAAUUAGGGUCUGGACCUCCAAGAACGGCCCAAACCCAUGGAAAGUCCACUUCGUCCUUGAGGAGCUCCAAAUCCCUUACGAAGAGAAGUAUAUCGACUUUCCCGACAUGAAGAAGCCGCCCUUCGAGAAGAUCAACAUCAACGGGCGCGUACCCGCCAUCGAGGACGACAACACCGGCAUCACGAUAUGGGAGUCUGGCGCCAUCCUCGAGUACCUCGUCGAGACGUACGACAAGGCGAAAUCAAUCAGCUUCGAGCCGGGCACGGCCGAGUACUUCCACGCCAAGCAGUGGCUGCACUUCCAGAUGUCCGGCCAGGGUCCCUACUUUGGCCAGGCCAUCUGGUUUCACCGGUACCACCCAGAAGAUGUCCAAAGUGCCAAGGAUCGGUACGUCAAGGAGAUCCGAAGGGUUUCCGGGGUCCUGGACAGGGCUCUCGAAGGACGCGAGUUUUUGGUGGGCGGGAAGUGUUCCUACGCGGACAUUGCCUUUAUCCCCUGGUUCAAUGUUGCCUUCUACCCGUGGUAUGACAUGAAGGUUCCGGGUGCUUUUGCGGAUCAGAUCGACUUUGCACAGGAGUUCCCGAAUACGGCCGCCUGGAUGGACAGGCUCAGAGCUCGGCCCAUCAUUGCGGAGACCUUGAAGAAGAGAGCUGCAACUCUGUAG